CGUCAGCCGGUUUAUUGUAUGGUUUUUGCUAUUGUAAUAAACGUUAGUGAAGUUAAAAUGAGUGAGUGUUGUGUGAGAAAUUGUUGUCAUACGUGUCCGUUGACAAAGGACACACAUUUAUUUCGGUUUCUGAAGGAUAAGGAAAGGGCAAAGCAAUGGGGUGAAGUAUGUGGCUUGUUACCUUUAGUCAUGAAUAAGUUACAAUUUGGAUUCCUCAUGAGUAAUAGUUCGUAUAAAGUGUGCAGUCGUCAUUUUCCGGACUCUGCUUAUCGUGGAGAAAGUAGGAAAAGACUAUGUGACGAUGCAGUACCAACGUUAAUGUUGAACAAGGAGGAUCAAAUUACUCGACAUCCCUUACAGUCCACCUCUAAUGAUGAGAACUUACCAUCUGAGGAAGUUGUUAUGCAACAAACUUAUAAAGAUGAUGAAGUACCUCCUUCUCAUUCGGUAGGAAACCAGACGCCAAUCACCUUAUCAGCUCACAGUCCCCGUAAGAAGAAGUUAUGGGACAAGAUAAAAACUUUGCAGCGACAAGUUAACCGUUUGAAGCUACAAUUGCGGAAAGAACGGGAAAAAAAGUCAACUUCUAUCGCUGACCUCUCUAAUCACGAUUGGGAAAGGUUACUGUAUGAACGCUUUCCACCUGCAAUUGCGGCAUUUAUUUACCAGCAGUAUAAGUUAAACACCAAAAGCAAGGGUGUUAGAUAUUCAGUACAUUUCAAAUAUUUUUGUUUGAAAAUUUAUUUUUUAAGUCCUAAAGCAUAUUCUUUUUUGAAAUCUUGCUUUAAGUUCCCCUCAAAGAGAACUCUAUCACGAAUGACUACACGCUGAAACAUCGUUUGCGUUUGCUAACGGAAAAAUCUUACGAUUGAUAAAAUGACGGCUGUUUACCAAACACGUUUGAAGCAGUUUGAAGUUAGGGUUGCGUUCACUAAAAAUGUUGCCAACAGUUUGGUCUCCGUUUGCAAACGAUGACAGUUGGUAAACGCGCCCAAUGUCACAUGUCAUAAUGAUACAGUGAAAUUCAAAUGUGGCGGAGUUAUUUGACAGGUGUAAUUCCAUCUGAGUAAUUCCCAACCAGUCGGAACGUUAAUUGAAGCCACAUAGUUAUUCUGUGGUUGGAGCUUUUAGAUAUAAACCCAAUCCAACCAGUAUUCUAAUGGUUCGGUUCUUAGCUGAAUAAUUUCAAAAUAUCCCCAACAGAUGACGCCACAUGCGUUCAAUUGGUAGUACGAGAUUUUUUUUUUGAGACAGUUGCAUUUCUACGAAGCUAUUUACACGAAGUAGCUAUUUUCUAUGCUCGUAAUAUAAACUUAACCCAUCUAGUGGGUAUCCAAAUGUCAUAUUUAUUUAUAAGAUUACCAUAAACUACGGGUGGAUAAACGAUUCGUCGACGUUAUCUAUCAGCUACAAUUUUAAUUGACAGAUAAAUCGUCUUAACUAGAUAUUGAUAAACCG